AUGAAGAGCUUCAUGUUAGGCGCAUCCGCGUUCCUAACCCUCCUCUCCCAAGCCUCAGCCCACUACUUCUUCCCCUACUUCAUCGCAAACGGAAACUUCACCGGCUACUACGAAUAUGUCCGCGAAGACACACAAGGCUACAUGCCCGUCAAAAACUCCUACACCCAAGAUCUCAUGCGCUGCAACACCGGUUCCGAGCAAUACGCCAACCGAACAAGCACCUACAAAGUCAAAGCCGGCGACACAAUCGGCUUCGGUCUCGAUUUCGGCGCUACAAUCCAACACCCAGGUCCCAUGCAAGUCUACCUCUCAAAAGCACCAGGCGAUGUGAAAGACUAUGAUGGCUCCGGCGACUGGUUCAAGGUCUACGAGCUGGGUCCUACUAGCUUUGGUUCUGGGGGUAUUACCUGGGGCGUAACGGGUAUUGGAAACUUCACUUUUACCUUGCCUGAAGUGCCGGCGGGACAGUAUCUGGUUCGUAUUGAACAUAUUGCUGUUCAUGGUGCUGGGUCAUAUGGUGAUGCCGAGUUUUAUUUCAAUUGUGCGCAGAUUGAGGUUGAGAGUGAGAGUACUGUUUUGCCUGCUCCGAAUGUUAAGAUUCCUGGGUUGUAUACGGGGUACGAGCCUGGGAUUUUGUUUAAUAUGUACAGCGACUGCAUUGUGAAUUAUACCAUGCCUGGUCCGAGGCCGUUUCCUGAUUUGGCUUUCCCGGGUGUGUUGGCUUCGGGUGUGAGUGUUUGUCCUGGUGCUUCUUGGACUUUACCUGCUGUUACGAGGUAUCCGUCUGCGUCGGUCCUUGCUUCCUCUACUUCGGCUGUGGUUAUUACGUCUACUCCACUUGUGAGUGCGCACACUGUUAGUACUCAAGCUGCGAGUGCGGAUAUCGUUUCGGAGCAGGCUGCGAGCACACAACCUGAGACUACUGCGAAUGCUGUGGCUACGCAAGCUGCCGUUACAGGAACGGUGGCUGCUUUCACGGUGACUGAAAAGAGAUUGGUGACCGAGACAGUUUUCGUGACCGUGCAGGCUACAGAUGAUGCUGCUUGCCCUGUUAUGCAUCAUGGUAUGCAUCAUGGUAAUCAUUAG